CCGUCUGCACCGAGACCGCCGUGCUGCUGGGUGGCCACCGGGGAGGACGGCAGGCGUGGGCGCGAGACCAGCUUUGCCUCUCGCUGUGGAUAGACAGGAGACUAUCCUGGCUGGUGGUACGGUGGUAGCAGGGGACUGUGGAAGAAGUACAUGGAUUCAAGACAUAUUUUAGAGAUAGCAGCCAUAGUAUGUGAAGAAUUGGGUGUGUCAAAAUAAUCGAAGCAUAAAAGGAAUUAAGGCACACAGGAUUUAUUUGAGCAUUUAACCGGUAUGGAUGCAGGGAGACCUUUCUGUCCAGAAAAACAGGAAGACUCGUCUUAGGCUAAUUACAGUGAGUUUUUAAGGAGAAAAGAGAGAAAUACGGAGUGGAAAUUAAACAUCGGCUAACCUUCAGCAUGAUAUUUAUGUUGGAUUCUUUGUACAAGAUAAAGUUUAAGUAAGGUUAUGGUGAACAGAUGUCACAAGAGAGAUUAGCGUGAUGCAGGUGAUAUGGUCGCGUUGUCUCCUGUAUUUUUGUUUGUCUGUCUUUAGGUACAUUCCACAACAAUCAGUGACCUUUGUGAAUUUUCCUGUGUACUGAGAGGAAUCUGUCAACUGGGUCCUCAGUUUCUCUCUUUAGCAAUUUUCUUCUCCCUUUUUCAGUAAUACUGAGUAAAGGUCCUUGGCGAGUAAUCUGAAGUCUGCUCUGUUGGCUGAUGACAGUGAAUAUCAUUUGUUCUCUUAGCGGCUGCUCAUACACAUUUAAGAUCCUUGAGAUAAAGUAUUUGAGGAGGGUGAUUAUAAGGAUUGUGAGUGAUAGGACAAAACCCAAGGUUUAAAAGGUUCCUAUGAACCAAGGACCCCAAGAACCAAGAUUUACCCGGGUGAACAAGUCCUGUGGAUUUUAGGUUUUGCUUUGACCGGUUCAGCAGUUUUUUGCAGGGUAUCAUUAUGUAUAGACAGAAUUUCGAGCCAGUGGAAGUGCAGAUACCUCUCUGUGAAGCCAAUGUGUAAUCAAAAGCUAGUCUAUCCUGUAAAGUCACUUUGUAAAUUUCUGAUAGUUCUUUGGAGAGUGAGAGGGUGGUUUUUCCAGUUGGUGACACCAGGUCUUUUAAUGCUGCUUUAUUUAAUACCAUUUGUAAUCUUAAAGUGUGUCUUCUAAUGCUAGAAAUUUCAGCUCCUGAGACAGAGGAAGUUGUUUUUCCUAGAAUGGAGCAUCUUGUAAGUUUGCUUUCAUCUAGAGUUUCUUUCCAACUUCCAUUUAGAGCUACAUCUAAAUGGGCAGUAGUUUGUUCUCGUGUUUCUACAGUGUUGGUGUCUGUCAUACUUGCAGUGUUCACUUUGAGUAAAUGAUUGUGUGAAUACAUAGGGAACAGCGUAAGCUACGUAGCAAGAGCCAGUGCAUUUUGCAGGUAGAGCUUUGUAAACCAUCGGCCAGAGACAAAAUACUGUCCUUUUAGGGCAUAAUAAGGCAACCUGUUACCUCCGACAGCAGGCACAAUAGCUUGUAAAGCUAGCUGAGUAUAAACACAAUAAGGGGGAUCAUACCCAUCUUGAUCAUUAUCUGAGUGCAAAAUCUUGGUGCCAUUUAGCCAACAAUUUCAUUUGCCAGAUUUUUCAACCCACUGGAACAGGUUUUGGUUAGAGGAAUGGGCCUCUUGAGAAGGAGAAUAUAUUGUAUCCCAGAAGGGAGUUUGACCAUUGCACUGGGUAUGGGUUUCAUGAAAAUAAAGAGUUCUGCCCAGUAGAGACCGAACAAACGCUGCUGCCUACUUACUGGAUGGCCUUCUGAUUGGUUUCGAGCGAAACACCAAGUCCCUGGAGUUAACACUGCCACAUCGGAAUAAUCCCAAUCAGAGACUCCUGAGGCGGAGGCUAGCGUCGUUCCAGAAAGGAGAUCUGUCUGCCUGAGUAUAUCUGAUGUGAUUUGUCAUAGCUAAAUCUGAAAAAAAAAAAAAAAAAUUUUUUUUUUUUAAAUCUGAAAGGGUUAAGGGAAUCACGAUUAAGCGUAUACCAGUUUGAGGGCUUUUGGGAGGGUGGGCACAAACCGAGCAAUUAGCUUGAUUAGUGCGAUGAGCUAUUUGAUGAGCAGGGAGUACAAAGGAGUUAUGUUCUCGAUAGGUGGUUACAAAAGGGAAUAAAAUGAAGGGAACAGAAAAGCAUUUAUGUAUGAUUCUGAUCUGUGAUCUUGGGUAGAAGCAGCCCACAUCACACACUCUUCUGCUUGUUCCAGGGGCCUUGGGUGAAGCUGUCUACCUCAGGAUCAUCUGCUUCUGGGGAUUGAUUUUGUCUGGUAGAUUUUUAUCCUAAGAUCAGAAAGAGGUUGUCAGGUUCAUGAAUGUGAUGGGGCUCUUUUUAGCUAAGAAAUGUGUACCCACGGGUUGGCUCCUCGGAGUCUGGUUGCCAUGUGUAUAGUGAGGAGAACCAGAUAAGGCCCUUUCUGUGUGGUUCUAAAGGAGCCUUGCGUUGAAAAUGUUUUUAGAAAAUCCGGUCACCAGGUUUAAGAUUAUGACAUGUCUGGUUUUCCUCAGGAGAGGAUGCUGUCUCUUUACAGCCUUCCCAUAUCUGUUGGGAAUAAGCUUAGGAAAACCGCGUUACAGCUUGACAAUGUUGAAUCACAUCAGUGUGUCCCAGUACUGCAGCGGAGCUCGUCAUGAUGUGCAAAGGCUUAGACUAUCCAGUAACUGUCUCUUAAGGAGUCAGGGGAUGUUUUCCACAUAGCACAGAUCUGGUAGUCAUAAGGGCCAAAGGGGCAGCUUUGAGCCAAAGCAGCCCAGCGAAUUAAGACAAUCUGGCUAGCUUGAGUUAGUUCAUUCUACUUUUCCAGAAGAUUGGGGGCGAUAGGGACAGUGUGAAUGCCAUAAGAUGGGGAAAACUUAACCUCUUUUUUGGACGAUUUUUUUUCUAGUGAAGGGAGUUUCACAGUCAUGGGAAGUCUCUGAAGCUAUUCCCCCGAAGAGGGAUGUUUCAGAAGUUUCCCUGCCACUGUGGUGGCAUCAGCUUUUCAAUAAGGAAAAGCUUCUCGAGUGAGCUUCUUGGAUCAAGUAGACACGUGAGACUAUGUGGGCAGCUCCUGCCUGGAGAAGAGAUGAGAGGUCGGAGGGGCAGGAGCUGGCCGAAUGGACAUGAAAAUAGAGAGUGUAGGGAAGGAGUGUGCUAGCUCAUUAGAGGGAGAGCCACUAUAGUUUUUGUAUGAGAGAGUGACUUGGUUUGCAAACUUUCACUUAAAGCACAAUAAAAAUUAAAAAAAAAAAAAAAGUUUGUAUCCAUCCAGAACAUAAAUUAACUAUUAUAAAAAUAUAGUUCUAUUCCAUGAGGGGAACCCUGGUGGUGUUGUAGUUAACAGCUGGGCUGCUAACCGAAAGGUCCUCAGUUCAAAUCUACCAGUUGCUCCUUGGAAACCUAUGGGGCAGUUCUCCUCUGUCCUAUAGGGUCGCUAUGAGUCAGAACUGAUGCAACAGCAAUGGGGUUUUUUGUUUCUUUCUUUUAUUCCAUGAGGGAGGUAAUUGGAUGAAGUGCAGCUGUAAAUGUUAAAAAUAUCCAAAGUAAAGGGUCUUUCCUGAGACGGUUUUAAAUGUUUUUCCAGGAUUAUGAGUUUGGUAUUUUAGAAGCUGAUCAUUGACUUGUUUAACAGUACAGUCAUCCCUCCAUAUUCAUGGGUUCCGAAUCCAUGAAUUCAACCAACCAUGGGUCAAAAAUAUUGAAAAAGUUCAAAAAAAGCAGAACUUGAAAUUGCACUAUUUACAUUAUAUUAGGUAUUAUAGUAACAGAGACAUGUGCAGGAGGUUGUGUGUAAGUUACACGCGAAUACUAUGCCAUUUUACAUAAGGGGUUUGAGCAUCUGUGGAUUUUGGCAUCCACAGGGGGGUCCUAGAAUCAAUCCCCUGCAGAUAGCAAGGGACGACUGUACUGGUACAAUUUCCCCACCAGUAUCUAGAUACAAUUUGAAGCAUUUUAUCAACCGCAUGUUGAGCGGUUGAAUGUAGAGCCUUUAGGAAAGGGAAUUUUAAGGACUCUAGGAGAACCAGGUAUUUAGGAAGAACCAGGUGGUUGUCAGGACUCUCCCAAAGUUCUUUUUUAAUUAUAGAGAUGGUCAUUUUUCAGUUUUCUAAUUCUGGCUCUUUCUUUAGUUUUUCAGCCAACUGCCUUAAAUUUAAAAAUUUGGAGCGACUUCAUUUAAUGCUAGACAUUGUUUUUCUAGUACGUGGGAAAUUUUUUGGGCUGCCUUUUUUGCAUGAAAAUCAGCUAUGAUAUUACCUUGGUAUUCAGGCUCAGCUUUGUGGAUAUGGGCCUCUAUGUUAAUUAUACCUAUUUGAGAAAGUAGUAAUAAGGUCUUAAGUAAUACAGGCACUAAUUUUCUGUUUUUGAUGGAGGUCCCUGUAGAAGUAAGGAACCCGCAUUGUUUCGUAGCAUUCUAAAAUCACGUACUACCCUAAGUAUCAGCUGUCAGUAGAAAUGUUGACAGUCCUUUAGCAAUCCCACAGGCCAGAUUUAGAGCAUACAGUUCUGCCUGCUAGCCUGAAGCAAACUCAGAGAGUGAUCUUCUUUCAACUAGUUCACGUUAGUUCCUUACAGCAUCACCACUUUAAUAAGAAUUCUGGGUACUUUUAAGGUAGGCUGUACCUACAUAAAAUACCAAAUCAGAAUUUUUAGGCAAAAUUUCCUACAAAUCAAGACAUGGAGUGAAUACUUGAAAUACAGUAUACAAGCAGUCAUGAGAUUCAUGUCCUCAGGCGAGUGUGGAAGGGCAGCAGAACUGAGAAUACUACGUCAUUUAACUUGAAUAGUAGAAGGGGACAAAAGAAGGAGCUCAUAGGGUAAAAGCCUACUUGCAGAAAAAUGUUGAGUGUGUUCAGUAUUGUGCAGAACCUCAACGGCAUGAGGUAUUUCUGAAGUUAAACAACUUCCUUGGACUAUGUCAGAAGAGGCCGCUGCUAUUGUAGCAGCCACAGCUACAGACUUUAAACAAGAAGGAUAAGCUCUGGCCACAGGGACUAGUUGAAGGCUAUAAUUAGUAACAGGCUUAUGGUGGGACCUGUGUUUCUCUAUAAGGACCUCUAGACCUUCAUUCUGUUUUUCAUGUACAAAUAAGAAGAAAGGUAGUCAAUAGUUAGGCAAGCCUGGAGUCAGAAGACUUUGUAGAGCCCUUUUAAUUUCCCCAAAAGCCUUUUCAUGAGUCUUUUCCCAGUGUAUUGGUUCAGGCACAGAACCUUUUGUUAGCUCGAACAAUGGAGCAACUAUCUCCAAAAUGUUUGGAAUCCAAACUCCACAGAAUCUUGCUAGGCCUAGAAACCCGUGGAAUUGUCUCUUGGUUUGAGGUCAGGAAUAAGACUGGAUAGCCUGAAGUCUCCUAGGGGAAAGAGAGAUUAGCCCUGCAGAUAAAUCAUGCCCGAGAUAAUGAACCUUUGAAGGAUAAAUUGCAGUUUAUUUUUAAAGACUUACUGUCCCUUAUAGGCAAGCUGUUGUAAUAAGUAAAUUGAGAGUCAGUUUUUGACUAAGUUUGAUCUAGGGAGCAUAGUAAAAGGUCAUCAACAUACUGUAUAAGAGUAGAUUUAUUCUGAAAAUUAAUUUUUCCCCCCAGAUCUUUAGUAUUAUUGUCAAGGUCCUGAGAAAUAUAAGUAGGAGAUUCAGAAAAUCCCUGAGGCAUUACUGUCCAAGUGUACUGAUUUUUCCAAGUAAAGGCAAAUAAAUACGGGCUUUCCAUAUCUACCAGAAUGCCAAAGAAAGCUACACACAAAUCUACCAUGAAACAUUUUGAGUCCAGAGCUGUUUCAAAGUGUUCUGCCAGAUGUUAGAAUUCUGCCGUUGGGGUAACUUCAUAUUCCAGUUUGUGUCAUUUUAUUAGGUGCCCAAUCUCAGGGCACAGUCCCUUUACACAAUGGAAUAACAACACAUAUUGCUGUCCCUAUGGCUUAAGUCCUAUUGGCCAAACAUCUCUUCUAGCCAGGCCCUAAAGUCUGCUGUGGUUUCAUCUUUCUUCUCUUUGCAUGCUUGUGUAAUCAUCCAAUUUUGGCUGGAAAAGUGGAAGGGACAGCUUUUAAUAAAACCUGACCCACUUUUCGAGCUCUCUUAAUGCCAUCUUUGGUAGUGUGGCAGGCUAGAUCUUUAAUAUCCUCAUCUGAUGUUUCCCAAUUUGCUUUUUAUAACAAGGUUUUGGAUUCUCCAGGCCCCACUAACAUCUGAAUAAAAAUAGGUUGAUGUAAGUUGGGAGCCCAGGAUCUUAUGCUCCCAACAGUAUUCUAAACUCCUCUUGAAGUUUGAAGUCUUGUUUGAUCAUUUUUUGGGGUCGGGGAAGUCCUUAACUAUGCCUGGGAGUUCUGCUGUCAGCCAAGGUGUGAAAAAUGCAGAAGUGGGUACCCCAGGUUCAGAGGCUAGUUUAAUUUUUAAAGGAAAUUGACCCUUACAGUUCUUAAGACGAAGAGUUGGAGGAAAAGGAAGACAGUAAAAUGAGUCUGAAGGAGCAGAUGAAUUGGAGGUAGAGUUGGUUUAAAGAGCGGCUGAUGGGCGUGGCAUGGCUCUGGAGCAGUGGAAGGGGAGAGUCGUGAAGGUUUUUUCCUUUGCACACUAUAAAGAGUCAGAGAAGCAGUUUGGGAAUCAUUUUGUCAUUUGGAAGCUUUGCUGUACCAGUCCAAAGUGCUCCCCAUUACUUGCUGAAUACGAGUUUGUUUUCUUCAAGCGCAUCUCUCAAAUGGAUGAUGUUGUCCAUGCUAAGAAUUUCCCAAAGGAGCCACUGCUGUUAAGUCAUCUCUGGUAAAAAUCAAUCCAUUUUCCAAAUUACUAGAAGUUUUGGGUCCAUAAUGCAUGAACAUGUAAGCUGUGGGAGUUUUAGGAAGCAACAGCACUUUUAGAACAAACAGACCCAUCUCUAUGCUUAAAUCUCAAAGAAGGACCUGCAAAAACAGCUGACCCUGGGGUACUGAGGACAGACAUUUUCCCCCUGCUUCUAAUGGGUCAGAAGAGUGGGUUGACUUACCAAGAAACGGAUGUCCAAAACUGCUAAGAUAUGAACCCAGAGAGCUCAACACAAAAGGAAUGGAGCAUGGAUCCAGGAGAGACUCACUCAGGUUCCUCAACUGUGAUGAAAGAGCAAUGAGCAGAAAGGGCCCACGUGGGUGCUGUCAUCUCCCACCAGCAGCAAGAAGUCUUUGGGCGUCGUCUCCAGAUCCUACUUCUGACACCAGAAACUUCCAAAAUAAAGCACAAAACAAAUUAAGAUUUAUAGAGUUUAUUUAAGCAAUUGAUACGUAUGCACACAAGGAGACCUUUCAGUUCAGAAAAGCAGGAUCUGGAUGAUGUGUUAAAGAAAGCCAAGAAGGCCAAUGUUAUGGCCCUUGUGGCAGUUGCUGAACAUUCAGGAGAAUUUGAGAAGAUCAUGCAGCUUUCAGAAAGGUACAGUGGAUUUAUCCUGCCGUGCCUGGGUGUUCACCCAGUUCAAGGACUGCCACCAGAAGGCCAGAGAAGUGUCACGUUAAAGGAUUUGAAUAUGGCUUUGCCCAUUAUUGAAAAUUAUAAGGAUCAGUUGUUGGCAAUUGGAGAGGUCGGGCUCGACUUCUCCCCACGAUUUGCCAGCACUGACGAACAGAAAGAAGAACAAAAAGAAGUCCUAAUCAGACAGGUCCAAUUAGCCAAAAGACUAAAUUUACCUCUAAAUGUUCACUCACGAUCAGCUGGAAGACCCACCAUCAACCUCUUACGGGAGCAAGGCGCUGACAGGGUGCUGCUGCAUGCCUUUGACGGCCGGCCAUCUGUGGCCAUGGAAGGAGUCAGAGCUGGGUACUUCUUCUCAAUCCCUCCGUCCGUCGUAAGAAGUGGACAGAAGCAGAAACUCGUGAAACUGUUGCCUCUGACUUCUAUGUGCUUAGAAACAGAUUCACCUGCACUAGGACCAGAAAGACAGGUGAGGAAUGAACCUGGGAACAUUACCGUUUCAGCGGAAUACGUUGCCCAGGUGAAAGGGAUCUCAGUGGAAGAAGUUACAGAAGUGACCACACGGAACGCAUUGAAGCUCUUCCCCAAGCUUCGGCAGCUGCUUCAGAAAUAAAACCAUCCGUUACGAAACGAGAUCGACCACGAGGGGCGGCAUUCGAAGGGCAAAAGGCCUGAUUAAGGAUCUGAACUGAAGAAGCCAUUUUAUAGAGAUAGAGGAGAUCAUAAUUUUAGAGAAAUGUUUUCUCUUAGCUCAGAUCCUGGAACCCUGGGUUCUCCUUCUAGCUGCUUUCAGGAAACGGAGUCCUGGCGGGAGCCAAGGAAGCACUGCUGCUUCCAGUCUUCCCAUGAAAGAGAACCGCUCACAGCUGAGACCCUUCCUCCAGGGAGGGGCGGCCCCCACAGUGAGAGAUAAGCACUACAGGGAUGGGGGGGCGCAGGCCACCGCUUGACCCUUCACCCCCCGUUUUACUUCCCACGUGAUUUAUCCAGUGGAGGGAGAGGGUCUAGUUUUAUACAUCAGAGAUCUUCUGUUUUCUAGGUUUCUAAAACUGAACUUUUAGUACUUUGAUAUCUUUCUUUUCAAGAGAAAAAUAUCAAAGUUUUCAUAUUGACCUUAGUUUAGAUUUCUGAGGGCCAGUGUUUGUGCCAUCACCGUGAAAUACCAAACUCGAAGUCCCAGUGAGUAAGCUGACCUUAAGUCCCAGUCUGAAUUUUGUCCGAUUCUUAAUGUAAUUGACUUCAUUAAAGAAAAUAUGACUUUUUUAUGUGCAGUAAUAUUUCAUAUUUUAAGCUUAAAAAAUGUUAUGUAUAGUUAGCCAGGUAUUGUGCUCCAUACCAAAGCCUGGGUAUUAAUUUUGUUAAAGUAUAUAAAUAGCAAAUGCUGGAAAAAAUACUUGUCAUAGGAAAAAAAAAAAAAAAACUUCCUAAAAAGUAUAGAUUUUACAUAGUAGAUCUUCAAAAACGAAUUCAUUUAUAGAGGAAUGAAAGCUGGUGCUAGGGCAGAUUGUCCAAACCGGAUUAGACUAGUUGGAAGAUGGAGUAGGGUGCUUUGUGAGGUACUUAACCAGGUACUUAACCCCCAUCAGCGUGGUUGUCGGCGAUGUUUCCACGUUAAACGAGGGGUUACCUAAAACUGAACUUCUGAGCUCUCUGUCAGCUCCAUGCUUUCUUUCCCUGUACCCUGCCCCUUCUGCCCACAUUCUCUUUCAGAAACUCUUCCCUUUAAAUCCUUUAAGAUCAUCUUAAAUGCCAUCACCUCGCCUGGUCACGCUCUAAGCUGUUUAACACUUCCUUCAUUUAUUCCUCCAUUAAUUCAUUUCAUUUAUUCUACAAACAGUUUUGGAGCCCCUCUUACAGGCUGCCCGCUAUUCUAGGUCCACAGAUUAUAAAGAGGAGUAAGACAUGGCCUUUGCCCUCAGUUAGCUCACAGCUUAAUAGAGGAGCUGGUUGUCGUUGUUAGGUGUCAUCGUUGUUAUGCCUGAGCCAUUGUUGUCCCUACUGUGUCAGUCUGUCUCACUGGGGCCCUGCCUCUUUUUCGCUGACCCUCUACCAAGCAUGAUGUCCUUCUCCAGGGACUGGUUCCUGCUGAUGCCAUGUCCAAAAUACGUGAGAAUAGUGGGCAAAAGAUUCCAGACCAAUGUGAGAAGUGCUGUGAUAAGAACAAAGCGCCGUAGGGUCGUCUGAAGGCACAUCGCACUCCUGUCAACCUUGUGCGUUUUCUCACUUAGAGAUUACCGGCCGUUUGAGAGCAGACCAAUGUUUUGUUUUUGCAGCUGCUCUGAGGACUGAUACAAAGUUUGUAGUAUCAUAAGAUCGCAUAUAUUUUUUUAAUAAGUGCACGGAGGCAGCAAUUGUAACUGACUGCAGCUGAGAAGUCAAAAUUCUGUCUCCGCCUACUCUUCGGGAUGGAUAGAGGGUAUUAUAUACCUUUUCAACGUUUUUUGAGAUGCGAAUUUUUCUCCAGUAGCCGUAAAUGUACUAAAUACUGUUCAGAGAUUUCCCAGUGUUGAACCUUUCUCCAAAAUCAGAAUAAACUCUUCUUCAUUUGGAAAAAUAUAUUUUUUCAUUCUGUUAUAACAUCUCUCACCCUCAGAUGAAAGACAAGAAGGACUUUUAUAUUUCCCUGAGCAUAUGAUGCUUCCUUACAAAAGGAAACGUUUCUUAUUCCAGCCCUUGGCUUUUCUUAUUUUGGUAAGAAUUGGAUGAAAUUGUAUCAUUCGUUAAAUGGAAAAUUAAGAAAAGCUGGAAUGAGCGCUUCCCUUUAGUUAUUAGACGCCCAGAGUUAACUUCUCUCCUCAGCUGCUUGCGCCCUACCCUUGCUCACUGCCUCCCCAUCAGAACCCUCCUGCUUUGCUGUUGUGGGUUUCCGUUCCUUUCCCCAGAUCCCUUCUGAACUUCUAAACUAAACUGGACGAAGAGUCCUGUUUGCACACAGGUGAGCUCCACUCGUACCUCAGAGAUGAAUUUCUUUCUCCGCCCUUUCUUUCCUUCUGUGCUUCUGACCAAAUACUUGGAAGCAGCAAUGUGAAAUGACAUUUCAUUUACAGGAUGUGAGUAACUUAAAAGGGUUUCCAGAAGUGGUUCUAUGCUUGCUAGAGCUUGGCUUUUCGACCAUAAGCAUAGCUCACCAUCCGUUUUAAAUUAAAUCAGAGUCUGUGCUAAUGAUUGCAAAGUCAGUCAAGAAGGUGGAAUGGAAAGAGAAAAUUCAGGAAUGACUCAUGUUACAGGUUUAUCCCCGGGCUCUCAGUUGUCUAGCUGCUGAAACAGAAAUACCACAAGUGGGCAACUUUAACCAACAUUCACUUCCUCACAGUGUAGGAGAAUAGAAGUCCAAAUUCCCGGUGCCACCUCUAGGGGAAGGUCCUUGUCUCUUCUGAGCUUCUGCUCUUGGGUGAUCUUCAGGUGGCUUGGCAUCUGCCUUCUCCCAUCCCUGCUUCUCUCCCUUGCUUAUUUAAUCUCUUCGAAUGAAUUGACUCAAGAACACCCUACAGUAAUCCUGCCUCAUUAACAUAACAAAGAAAGGAUUAUAACCACAGGCAUGGGGGUUAGGAUUUACAACACCUGUUUUUAGGGGGACACAAGUCAAUUCAUAACAGGCUCCAAGUAACACAUUCUAACAGAUUCCGUACUCCGCUUUUGGCUAAUUCCAGGACAAGCAUAUCUCCAAAGAAGGUGACUUCUUUGUUGAGCAUCCCUGUAUUUCAUGAACAGUCUGAGUGGUAUUUAUACCUUCGCUAUUAAAAGUUUUUUAAAAGUGGUACAAAUAGCUCCUCAUUUUGAAUUUAGUAGUUUUAAUAGAGUAGAUCUAAAGAUCCCUGUAUAGCGUGUGGAGCUGACGGUGUCAGAAGUCUAAUUUCUUCUGUAUGGGACUUCUCUGUGAAUUACUUCUGAGGUUCAAGAAAUGUAAAUACUUUGUAUAAAUUCUAUGGCUGGUGUAUGAGCCAUUUAGGCUUAUAGUCCCCUGACUUCUGUUCUAGUGCUCUUGCCCAGGUGUCACAGUACUUCCCAGUCUGAUACCUAAGUUGACUUAAGUGACAUCUCUCAAAAACCGACCUAAGGGUACUGCAAAUCAAGAACUCUGAGUUUGGGGCUGGCUUCUGAGUGAAUAGGGAAGCAGUAGGAAAGCGUGUGGAUCCUGAAGUUCGUGUGGACGGACACCUGACAGGUUUUGGCUCUCCAGCAUCUAAAUUCCUUCCUUUGGAGAGUCCCUCAUGAAGCGGAGCCUGCAUCCCCCUACAGAUGUGGAAAACGCCAGGCAUCACUUUUCAGCAUGCCCGUAAUCAGGGAGCAGACAAUAUGACGUACCCCAAAUUUCGAGUGAAGAUGGGGACAUGAAGAAGCCAGGACGGAGCUGACUCCAUGCUGCCGAGGUGGACAAUGCAGCAGUGACUUGAGCGGCUGUGUUCAGGGUCCAGCCGAGAAGGGGUGCCAGGGUUAACUGCAGGCUCUGUUCCUAGUGGCUGUGGCCGGGGAGUCAUUCAGUGGCCUGAGUUGGGUUAUCCAGCCCUCCUUCAGUAAAUUCUUUUCUAAUCAAAUUAGCCAAAUGUACUUUCUGUUGCUUAUAUCCUUAAGAACCCAAAUUGAUGAGAAAACUGGUACUGUGGAGUAGUUGUCACCAAGAGACACCCAGGGAAAUGAAGAGAGGAAGGAAAGAAGAGAAGGAAAUCAGGGACCAGGUUAUAUGGCAUGGACAGGCCUCCAACCAGCAAAAUUCCAGUUAAAAGGACGGAGACACUGGCAGCCCAUAGUAGAUGGUGACCAAACGUGUGAAAACAUUUGACAAAGGCAUUCUUAUGGCAGGAAGGGUAUGUGUUGAUUUUUGAGCAGCCCAAAGAGUACCCUGCAAUGACAUUUUUCAUCUUUUUGUCCGUUUUUCCAAUAUUUGGAUCCCCCACCUUAUGAGGAAGAGCCCGUCUUCACUGUAGAAACUGAAAAUGUCAAAUAACUUCCUGUGACGGCUAGUUUUAUGUGUCAACUUGGCUGGGCUAGUUGUUCAGUUAAACGCUAGUCUAGAUGGUGGCGUUAGAUGCUGUCAAGUCAAUUCCGACUCAUAGCGACCCUGCGUACAACGGAAUGAAACACUGCCCCGUCCUGCGCCAUCCUCACGAUUGUUACACUCGAGCCCAUUGUUGCAGCCACUGUGUCAAUCCAUCUUGUUGAUUUUCCUCUUUUUUGCUGACCCUCCACUUUACCAAGCAUGAUGUCCGUCUCCAGGGACUGCUCCCUCCUGAUAACAUGUCCAAAGUACCUCAGACGAAGUCUUGGCAAUACUUGUUUCUAAUGAGCAUUCUGGCUGUACGUCUUCCGGGACAGAUUUGUUUGUUCUUCCGGCAGUCUAUGCUAUAUUCAACACUGUGAUUCAAAGGCAUCAAUUUUUCUUCGGUCUUCCUUAUUCAUUGUCCAGCUUUUGCAUGCAUAUAAGGCGAUUGAAAAUACGGCUGGGGUCAGGCACACCUUAGUCCUCAAAGUGACAUCUUUGUUUUUUAACACUUUGCGGUGCAAUUGAUUACUUUUGUGUGGCCUUUCUAGCUGUGGUCUUGUAACCAUCACCCAGGUGAUCGGGCAGGACUGUGUGGUAGGGUAAUUGUGGCCCACAAUUGUGGCCACCAAUUGUGGUCAGCUUUGCCUUAAAAGAGAGCCAAUUCUAGAGCAGAGGAGGAUCCUACAACCACCAAGGAAGAACAGCCAGGAGCGAAGAACACAUCCUUGGGACCUGGGACGCCUGUGCUGAGAAGCUCCGGGGAGCAGGAGAUGGAGAGAGCGAGAGCAAGGUGGAACCCUGAAGACAAUGAGAAGCAGUGGUAGGAGAGCCCCAGAAGCAGAGACCCGGCGGCAGGAGACAGCACGGUGGGCUUCCCAGCCCACAGAGAGACCUGAGUGCCUUUGGGGAGAAGCCUAGGCACAGGGAGAGGCAUGCCUGCGAGCAUGGCUGGGAAGAAGCUGUCCUGAUAAAAGCACUGUACCCUGAAUGUUCCUGAGGCGAGUUGUAACUGUUACUUCCCUAAUAACCCCCAUAAUUGUGAGUAUGGUCUGUGUUCUGUGUGGCCAUUACAGUGAAUUAUCAAACCCGGCAGAGAAGUAGAGAGUGCUGUGUGAGGGACGGUUGGUGUCAGAAUUAGUAAAGAUGACGGAGAGAGGAGGUUUAUUUGGCUUCCACCUCAUAGGAGUCAGCCUUGUGCUGUUGAUCUUGGCUCUCUUCCCCCUUGUAGGGUUGGAAGAAGUAAGACCCUGCCCCCAAGCCAUGUUUACAUGCUUUAAAGAGGUCUUUUGCAGCGGAUUUGCGCAAUGCAAUACAUUGUUUGAUUUCUUGACUGCUGCUUCCAUGGGAGUUGAUUGUGGAUCCAAGUAAAAUGAAAUCCUUGACAACUUCAAUCUUUUCUCCGUUUAUCAUAUGAUGUAGCAUAUGGUUAAGGACUUAUUAAUCCUUUAGCAUAUGAGAACUAGACUUACUGGUCCACUUGUGAGGAUUUUUGUUUUCUUUAUGUUGAUAUGUAAUCCGUACUAAAGGCUGUAGUCUUUGAUCUUCAUCAGUAAGUGCUUCAAGUCCUCAUCACUUUCAGCAAGCAAGGUUGUGUCAUCUGCAUAAUGCAGGUUGUGAAAGAGUCCUCCUCCAAUCCUGAUGCCCCAUUCUUCUUCAUACAGUCCAGCUUUUCAGGUUAUUUGCUCAGCAUACAAAUUGCAUAGGUAUGGUGAAAGGAUACAACCCUGAAGCACACCUUUCCUGACUUUAAACCAAUCAGUAUCCCCUUGUUCUGUCUGAACAACUGCCUCUUGAUCUCUGUAAAGGUUCCUCAUGAGCACAAUUACGUGUUCUGGAAUUCCCAUUCUUCCCAAUGUUAUCUAUAAUUUGUUUUGAUCCACACAGUCGAAUGCCUUUGCAUAGUCAAUAAAACACAGGUAAAUAUCCUUCUGGUCUUCUCUGCUUUCAGCCAGAAUCCAUCUGACAUCAGCAAUGAUAUCCCUGGUUCCACGUCCUCUUCUGAAACCGGCCUGAAUUUCUGGCAGGUCCCUGUCGAUGCACUGCUGCAGCUGCUUUUGAAUGAUCUGCAGCAAAACUUUACUUGUCUGUGGUAUUAAUGAUAUUGUCUGGUAAUUUCCACAUUCUCUUGGAUCACCUUUCUUUGGAAUAGCAUAUGGAUCUCUUCCAGUCAGUUGGCCAAAUUUCUUGACAUAGAUGAGUGAAUGCUUCCAGCAUUGCAUCCAUUUGUCAAAACAUCUCAGUUCGUAUUCUUUCGGUUCCUGGAGCCUUGUUUUAUACCAGUUCCUUUGGUGCAGCACCAUCAGCUCUCAAUCAUACGCUACCUCCUGAAAUGGUACAAUGACUCUGUGUAUUCCUUCCAUCCUCUUCUGAUGCUUCCUGCAUCUAGGUGCUACUGUGCAAGUA